AUUAUUGAGACUCUUCAGAUUCGUCACUGUUAGAUCUCUCUCUCUCUCUCUUUCAUCUUCUCCGAUACCUUUAACGGUAACUCUCUAAGUGCUCACUGCUCAAAUCAGCGGUUACGGCAAAAAAAAAGAAACCCCCAAAAACCUUCUUCGCGAUACUCGUUAUGACUGUCUCUUGCUUCUCUUUAGUCGCUGCGACGGCGGCGAUGUUAAUGGUGGUUGCGACUGCGCAGAUCGGAGGUCAAGUGUUGCAAGUGGAGUUAUGGUGCGUAGCGAAGAACAACGCGGAAGAUUCUUCGCUACAGACUGCGAUUGAGUGGGCUUGUGGUCAAGGCGGUGCCGAUUGUGGUCCGAUUCAGCAAGGUGGACCUUGUAACGACCCGACGGAUGUUCAGAAAAUGGCGUCGUUCGUUUUCAAUAAUUACUAUCUGAAGAACGGUGAGGCUGAUGAGGCUUGCAAUUUCAACAAUAACGCUGCUCUUACUUCAGUCAAUCCCAGUCAGGGAACUUGCAAAUACCCUUCGAGUAAGGGAGGAGAGAACAAUGGUCGAGUAGCGGAUGACACUUCGAUAACAGAUAUGAGCCGAGGUGGCAGACCGGUUUCCAGGAGUUGGAUCUUGACCUUCAUCUGUUUCGGCAGCUUAUUGACGAUGACACGAAUCAUUCACCAUCUUUAGAGGCUCUCACACGCAUGAGGAGGAUACUAUUUUGAUCUCUCCCAGUUCACUCACCUUUGAAGUCAUAAGCCUAAUUAGCAUUUUUGAUUUUUUUUUUUUUUUAAUCCAUAUGCCACUGUUAGUGAUUCAAAAUGUUCUGAUUGCUUCUAUGGGAAUUUGUAGUGAUAUUUCCUUUUGUCAAUGAACAUAUAAUGAUGCUAUGUCAUCAACCAUAAUCGGUUAUAUAUGCUUAAUGAUCUCAAUUUUAUGCAUAGAAAUUCGAUU